AUGGCAGACCUCCCCCCACCAUCGACGAUCCCUUCCCUGCCUCAAGAGACCCAACUUCGGGUGCUCGAUACCCUCUUCGAACCAUCCCCAGAGCUCCACAAACUGAUGAUCCCUGUGCUGGCCAACCAAACCUUCUCUUCAUACACCAACCUUAUCGAUGCAGUAGGGGGUCGCAUGUCUGCACUCUCAGCCCCCAAUUCACCUACUGACCGAGAUGUCCUCUUUGGUAUUUUGGGAUCGCAUCCACGUCUUGGCCGGGCCCCAGCCAACCCAGAACAUUUGAGUGAGCUGAGUAAAAAAGAACAAGCCCAAUUGAAUGAAGGUGCAGAGGAACAAGCGGAAAAAUUACGAGCACUGAAUGCGGAAUACGAAGAGAAGUUUCCAGGGUUGCGAUUUGUUACAUUUGUUAAUGGCCGUAGUCGCGAUGUGAUUAUGGUCGAAAUGCGCCAGCGCAUUGACCGGGCCAAUGCGGAGAAAGAGAUUGAAGAGACCAUUCAGGGAAACAAUCUCCAACUACCAGUCGCGACGUCCCCCGCCAUAACCGAUUCGAACCCCCGCGGAACCUCAACAUUCCCCGGAUCGGCCACAUCGGAUGUCGCGUCGGGCUCGACCCAUAGUCUACAAGAUGCUCGGAAUCCCAGGCGCUCAGCCAUUGGUAGCUCUUUACGCGACUCGAACUCAAAUACUCCCCUCGAGAAGACCGAGUCAAGUGCUAUAGAUCCGUUAUCGCAGCACAUCAUCCAACGCACCAAUACCCAAAAGACCAUUCCCCUGAAAUUACUGGGAAGAGCCUCAUAUGAAGCAGAGGCCGUGGGCUCCGAGUAUAGCCAGUCAGGGAGAAGCCCGACCCGGAAAGAUUCAUUGCCUACCUCAAAACCUCCUAAAGAGAAGAAAAAAGGUGUUUCUUUCCUCACCCGAAUCAUUGGAACCAAGAAAAUAGAUCAGCCGGUUGAGGCGGAAGAUGAAACCUCGGAACCUGAAGCGCACCGCAUGUCUAUUGACACUUCGCAUCCAAUUGGAUUCAUACCUCGACACCCUCCUCCAUCAAAAUACUUGAAGGUGCGGGCUCAUCACAAAAAGGAUAAGACCUUCAACCGCGUGUUUCUGGCCCAGGAACUGGAGGGCAGCGGCCCAUCGACCAAACCCGCAGAUAGACGGAUAUCAACGUCCUCGGCCUUGCCACAGAAUGGCGAUUACGUUGGAAAGGCCAUCUGGGCACUUACGGUUUCGAAAGAUGGUAAAUAUCUCGCGGCUGCUGGCCAGGACCGGAAGGUUCGAGUAUGGGCGGUGAUCUCUACACCGGAGGAGCGCGAGGAUGCCAAUGGGGACGAAGAGGUAACACCCGUAGACGCACAAGAUGAUUCCGGCCUGAAGGCGCCUGUUUUCCAACCAAACCCCGUUCAGGUUGAUUUUGUGACUUCGAUUCAAUUCCACCCGCGUGACGAUCGCUUUUUCCUUGCUGGAUCUCUCGAUACCAAACUGCGACUCUGGAGCAUCCCAGAUAAGAGCGUGGCUUUUGUGACUGCUGUGCCCGAUAUGAUUACUGCGGUGGCAUUUACCCCCGAUGGCCGAUACUCCAUUGCCGGAUGUUUGAAUGGCAUGCUUAACAUCUAUGACACAGAGGGUCUAAAGGUAUCAGCCCAGAUCCAUGUACGAUCGGCCCGUGGGCGCAACUCCAAGGGUAGCAAAAUCACUGGAAUAGAUACGAUGACUGUACCCAAGGACGAUGCUAGGAAUGGCGAGAGUGAUAUCAAGUUACUGGUUACUAGCAACGACUCCCGCAUCAGGCUGUAUAACUUCUAUUCUCGAUCAUUGGAGGCUAAAUUCCGCGGUAACGAGAACACUUGCAGCCAAAUUAGAGCUACAUUCACCAAUGACGGCAAGUACAUCAUAUGUGGAAGUGAGGAUCGCAGGGCAUACGUGUGGCCAGUUGGAUGUGUGCAACGAGAUUCCGAAAAGCAGCCUGUGGAGGUAUUCGAGACACAGUCUGCGAUGGUAACAUCUGCAAUCAUGGCACCGAUUCAAACAAAACAGGUCCUGGCGCUAUCAGAAGAUCCAAUCUACGACAUCUGCAACCCACCGCCGGUAGCUCUGAUGGGUCCAGAGUCAACAGAUCUAAGCAAAGAGGACGGGAAACCUCAUAAGCGCUCUGCAUCAGCACCUCGCCUAUCGAUCGUCAGCAAAAUGGCCCACGAAUCACCCUCAUACCUCGCGCGAUCCAAACAUCCAGGCGGAGAGAUCAUCGUGAUAGCCGACUACUCCGGCAAGAUCAAAGUCCUUCGACAAGACUGCGCGUAUCAAAAACGACGCUACGAAAACUGGGACAACAACUCCACCAUCUCACGCCGGAUCCUAGGCCGCUCCAACUCCGCACGCCGCAGCGCAGCCUCCUCAAUCGGAAAGGAAUCCACCCAUAAAACCCCAUCCGAGCGCAUCGUCUCAUGGCGAAACUCCGUCGUCCGCCAUGGCCGCUCCAGCACUGAAGGCUCCCGCUCCGGCAUCCAAACCCGCAGCCCGUCCCCUCAGCACCGCCCAGCAAUUGUCAGACUGGCCUCAUCUCGACCUUCAAGCCUCGCCCCCCACGAAUCACUAUCAGUCGUCGCUACAUCCCCACCCCCAUCACCGCGCCUACCCCGCCCCGACAGCAACGGCACAAAUGGCGCGAGCAUGGCAAACGGAACCGGCCUUGCAAACCCCUCAACCUCCCAAGCCCAACCCUCAAAACCCGCUUCAUCCGUGGACCUCCUAGCCAGCGGUAAAGCACAGGACAACCCGCUCUGGCUACAGGGCGACCGCAGCUACGCGUACUGGAACAAGAUCACGAACGAUGCGCUAGCCAUGCAAUCCCGACACUCGAAUGACUUUCUCAAACCGGAUAGAAUCCCGUCGCGCGAUCGCGCGAAUUCGGGCGCUAGCGUGCUGAGUAGUGACUAUACCACAUCGACAGGUGAUCCAGAGGAGGACGUGCUUAAGUGUGAUAAUUGUCGCGGGACGAGUUUCCGCAGUGUCAAGGGGAGGGAUGGGAAGCAGAAACUUAUCUGUUCGGAGUGUCAUCGGCCUGUUUCUUGA